AUGCCCGAUAUCGACAUCAACCCCGCGGCUUUGAGCCGCCCGUCCAUCAACAUCGCGACCCCGACGCUUGCGACGAAAACCAUUACUGUCUCCGGGGCUGGGAUUCAAAAAACUACAAAGUCCAGCCAGAUUAUCCCGGCGCGCAUUGAUUUAGAACCGCUCUAUACCGCCCUGAAAGCGGCCAUCAACCCCGAACAAUGGAUAUCAUACAAGGAAACAAUUGGCGAAUUUUUCUGCGGUCGCCUUAACCAGGCGGAAUACUCUGAACGGAUCGACCCAAUACUGGACAGUCCCAAUGGAGAAAAGGUCCAUUUGCACAACCAGCUGCUGGAGGCCAUCCAUGGAAACCUUACUCGGGAGAUGCCUGACCAGGGCCCUGCGCCCUGGGUCAGCGCGAACGACAAACCUGUUGUUCCUACUGGAAUCAAGCCAGUUACUGGUGAUGCAGCCGAGCGGAGGCUCAAAGGCGAGGUCAUGUUGUUGCCUGCCCGAGAUCGUCGCCGGGUAAAAGAUCUUGCUCAGAACGAUUUUGAUCCUCAUGAGAGCAUGGUCAGCGUCUUCAUGGAGUCUCGUCGGAGACCAUCUGCGGCUAGCGAAGUGCCUGCAAGCGCGGGCGUGCUAAAUAAUAUGAACUUGGAUCUCGAAAUUAGGAAGAGGUUCGCUCAACCACUGGCUGUGGAGUCGGGCGAGUUCCCCGAUGUCGGAAUGAUUGGUGGUCGCAUGAUGCCUUUCUGCUACGAAGCUGGUCUCGUAAGUGGCCAUGCAGCUGAUGCGGCACAAUUCAUUUCCGUCGCAACAGAAACAUUCAUCAAGGAGGUCCUGAACCAAAUAUUCAGCCGUACCCGGAGUAACGGGCCAGGUGAGGCGGGUAGCGCAGGGUUUGGCGUUGGCACAACCUGGGUCCAAACCCGCCAAUACAGGAAGCAGCUCAAUGAAGAAGAGGAUACGGCCCAACAUGGCAAGCUCACCCGUGAUAAGAACGGGCUCCUUCCUGUGGAAUCCAAGGCUGCCAGGGAACGGGGACCACUUAGUAUGGCGGAUCUACGAUUAUCUCUGGAGAUGGGAGACACCGGGAUGUCCUCCUUCCCACUCCUUAUGGUGGGAGUCAUGUCUGGAUAUCGUGAAGGCGAGUUGGAAAACUGGACCGACUACACAUGGGUUGAUGACGAAGAACCUAUCAGCAAUGGCCACGAUUGGUACACCUCAAACGUCAAUGGGCACGAAGUGUUUGAGCUUCCGAACGGGCCCUCAAAUGGGGGCCCAGACCCUAUGGAUAUCGACUCUGAGCCUUGGUGGGAUGGGACAGAUGUGCACGACAUGGAUAUGAUCGACGGCGUAUUAGAAUCAUGUCUUGCCGUCAAUUCAUAG